AUGUCAGAGAUAGGAUAUGAAUACACUCGGGCAGAAGUGUUGAAUCUAGCAUCUGAUUAUGCUGCAGAUCUAGGUAUCAGAGAAAAGGGUAAAGACUUGACAAUGAAGUGGUACUACAACUUCAUGAAAAGGUGGCCUGAACUUCAUGCCGUGAAACCAUCAGGAUUAUCAGAACUUGGAGCAAAAGCUGCGUCACCAGAAUGCAUCAAGAAGUACUUUGAAGAAGUAGAAACUAUCAUUGACAGACAUGGACUGAGGGAUAAACCCCAACAUAUAUUCAAUGUUGACGAAAAAGGAAUCAAUACUGGUGGAUCAAAGCCUCCAAACAUCAUUUCAGCUAAAGGGAUGCCAGCACAAGUCGUGACUUCUGAGAGAUCACAAACAAUAACUGUACUAGGGUGUGGUAAUGCUUUGGGAUCCAGUAUUCCUCCCUAUCUGGUGUUUCCAGGUAAGCGAUUGCUACCGGAACUAUUAGACGGUGCUACUACUGGCUGUGAUGGAUCCAUGAGUGAUACAGGCUAUUCUAAGACUGACAUUUUCAAUAGUUAUAUUAAGAACCACUUCACCAAGUAUGUCCAGUCUAGGAACCCAGAGCAGCCAAUUCUUCUUUUGUAUGAUGGACACAGAAGCCAUACUUCUUUAUCUUUAAUCCAAUGGGCUCGUGAAAAUAACAUUAUUCUUUUUGUAUUGCCGCCACAUACUAGUCACCUUUUGCAGCCGAUGGAUGUUGGAUGUUUUGGGCCAUUUGAGACCUUGUAUCAGCAGGAAGCUCACAAAUUUAUGCGCCAAAGUGUUGGUCGCUCUGUGACAAGAUAUGAUGUGUGCAGGAUGGUGUGCAAAGUGUAUAAUAAAGCCCUUAGUCCUCAGAAUUUAAGAUCAGCCUUCAGUAGAACUGGUAUAUACCCUCUGAAUUCAUUAUCAAUCAGUGAAAACAAGACUCUACCAUCUCUUGUAUACAAAGGCAAGGCAGAAAUCAUCAAUGCUCAAACAACAUCUGAAACCACUGGUGAGAACAUUUCAGCUAAAGCCGUAAGUUUUUUUAACAAACGUGGGGGAGAAGUUCUAUUAGCUGCUGGGAAAGCCAAGAAACCAAGAAGAAAUCUAAGUACCAUCAUUGCUGGGAAAGCCAUCACAGAACAAGAAGUGUUUGAAAAAAUUCGGGAUUACAAUGAAAAGUCAACAGAAAAUCAGUCAAAGGGAAGGGAAAAGGAAAGGGAAUUGAAGAAAAAGGGCAAAAUUCACCAUCUAAUGAGAAAGCAGGUCCUUCAACAGUUUUCACUUCUACAUCUGAAUCACAUCUUUUGCCUGCAUUGUCAGAUGAGGAAUCUAUAG